AUGCGUGCCGCCUUUUUUCUGCUUUUCUUCCAGCAGACCUCAGCCUUCUUCAUACGAUCCUACGUGUCACCGUGAGUUUGUCAUAUGUCAUUUUAAUUGCAAAAAAUCAAGAACUUCACGAAAAAGUACCUCAGUUUUUUUCACUUUUUUCUUGAUUUGAUGCGCAAGCCGUUCAAGGUCGGGCGCUUUUUUGCGCAAAAGCUUUUUACGAACUCCAACACUUCGAACUUUUCCAAAGAAACUCAAAAAUUUCAGAAACGCCAAGUGCAACUCAACGAUAGCUGUCAGCUGUUUUUUGGAGUUGUUCAGCAUGAUUUCUGAAGUUUGUGCUCAAAAGGAGAUCAACUUCCGUUGUGUCCAUUAUACGGUACAUCAAUUUAUGAUAUCUAAUAAAAAUGCAUUUUUUUCAGUUUCUGGAUGAAUGUUUUGAGUCGAGGGUUGGAAAAUGUGACGCGACGUCGGUUGCUCGAGUUGGAGCCCAGGCUUACCGUCAAGCCGUGGCAAACUGUCAAGGAAACACUAAAGAAGGGGUCCGUGGUUGUAAAAAGUUGUUAGUGACAAAAAAACGAAACUAACUAAAUUUUUUUGGCCUCAAGAAUGCGGCCAUGAUUCUGUAUGUAUAAAAAAAGCCUUUUUCUCCAAAAAUUUUUUUAUAGUUCGUUUUUUUCUUCAAAAAGUACUCAUAUCUGUGAUUUUUUUCAAUCAUUCCGUUCAAUACGCAGUAAAAAAACUCUAAAAUAUACUAAUUUCACCUUAAAUCUUGCCCAUUUGCUUUUAAAAAAAUUUUCACAAAGAAACCUGUGAUUUCUACAAAAAAAUUAUUUUCAGUCCGUUCCCUUCAUUGUCGCUCCUCCAACGCAAGGAAAUUUCCCUGACGUCUCCAGUUCAACUAAUCUCUGCUUUGGGGGUAUAUGCAGACCCAGUGCCACCUCAGCAGGACGGAGAACUGUACUAGCGAUCAUGUUCACAACAUUAUGAACCAGUGCGAGCUCAAAAUGAAGCCUCGGAAUGGCUAUUCUCAAUUUGAUCGUCAUCGAUUACUUAGGUGACUUUUCUGAAAAAAAAUAAGAAAGAGCAAAUUUUCAGAAUUAAAAUGGAUACAUCCAAACGACUUCUGAUUUAUCAAGAGACCGAUAAGGAACGAGAAUGUCUGGUGGUCAGAUCUACACUCUCUGAAAUUUACCAACUUCAUCAUGCAAAUUGUUAUCAUGUCAGUUUUUUGGGCCAUUUUUCGAGUCUUCAUAAAUCAACUAAGAAGCUGAAAUCUAGAAUAUUGCUGAGACAUCGUUUUUUUGGCAUUUAGGGCUACUAUGCCUUCAUUUCCAUGAAAAAUAAUUUUUUUUCUCUUUCUUUGUUCACUGAAAGAGAAAGAGUGUACAGACAUCACGAAAAGUUCAAUUAAAAAAAAGAAUUUCCCGAUUAAAAUUUCGGAAUUUUUUUCUUGCCUAAAAUCCACUUAAACCCGACUACAUCUGAACUGGUUUUUUCUUCAACCAACAUAUUUUCCAGUCUCUGGUAACUCGUUGCCUCUGUGAAAGGAUGGGAAUGAGAGCUCAUUGUGGCAUCGAUUGCAACCGACUCGAGCCCAACUCUCCCGACUUGGACAUGCUCACUUGGGACGACUGGAAAAACGCCCAACUCAUUCGCUCAAACCGAAGUCUUCAAUUUUACGACCCAUUAGCUCUUUCAUUCCUGUAUUUUGUUUAUUUUUUAUUUUUCUACAAGGAGUUCUGGUCUUGA